ACAUGUAAGUUUGUUGUGAUACAUUCUCUGUGUGAUUACUGUGUAUAAUAUGCCAUUUCUUUAUGCUAACUGACUAUUUUAGCGUAUAAAGAGUCAUAUAUAACGACACAAUAUUGUGAUUAGUUUAUAGAAAAAAACAUUGGCAUUAUAAACAGAGCGAAUACUGACAAACUUCACUGAAUGGCUGAAGUUGCGUCCGAAGCAGGCGGACGUAUAAAGGGUACCACUGUGGUGAAGCCGAUCGUGUAUGGUAACAUCGCUCGAUAUUUUGGGAAGAAAAGGGAGGAAGAUGGACACACCCAUCAAUGGACUGUCUAUGUAAAACCGUAUAAAAAUGAGGAUCUAUCGGGGUACAUCAAAAAAAUUCACUUCAAACUUCACGACAGUUACCCCAACCAUAACAGAGUGGUAACAAAGCCUCCAUAUGAAGUCACAGAGACGGGUUGGGGAGAGUUUGAAGUGAUCAUCAAAAUCUACUUUGUGGAUCCAAAUGAACGACCAGUAACAGUGUACCACCUGUUGAAGUUGUUCCAAAGCGAGACAGACAUAAUGCUGGGAAAGAAAUCUUUGGUUGUGGAGUAUUAUGACGAGUUGGUGUUCCAGGACCCGACAGCCAUGAUGAAUCAUGCCCUCACCAAUACACGACCGAUGUCCCUGGGGACAUACAAACACGAGACAGAUUUUGAUGAACGAAAGGAAAAGACAAUUAAUAAUAUUAAAGCUGCCAAUAAGAAGAUUCGCUACGAGAUACAGGAACUUAACGAACGCUUGAAACAGAAAAAAGAAAAUAUCAACAAGCUAAAAGAACAUAUCAACAAAGUCGAGGAUGUGGACAUACAGCCAGAUGUGGAAAGUGUAACGUGAUCUACCGAAAUGUGUGUCGUAUUUCAUCUCAAUCAGGAAAAUAUUUCAAACAUUCUGGAAGAUGUUGAAAUUGUACCAUAAUGAGAAAUCUGAGUUUUGUUCAGAUUUUUGAAAUAAUGGUGUGUGUACAUCCAACAAUGACGUUGUUCAAAACAAUAUUGACAUUCGAGGAGAGGCAAUCCUGUGUGUUGUAAACAUGUUUGUGAUGGAAGAAAUCAUUGCUUUCUAUUAAAUGUUGACAA